GUGUAGUGAGAUAGCUCAUUGUCCGAAAUCAUGAUAUGUGAUUUAAUUGGUAGCUGUGUGCUAAAUCGUCUGUGUGACGGAUUGGUUUAAGUAUUCGAUUAACGUUUAAAAAUAGUAAUUUGUAGUUUUUCCUGCUGUUAUGGCGCUCGUAACUGUGCAGAGGUCACCCAGCGCAGGGAGUUCACCCCCAUCAUCUGAGUAUGGAGGUUCAUUCAUAUCCCAAGAGGAGGAAAUGGCCGAGCAUAGUCGUAACCUCAGCGAAUACUAUUUUGCUGUCAAAGGUUUUGGAGUUCUGCUUCCUCACAGCGAGUGCAGCAAGCGGGUGGGUGGCGUGGGGCGGGUGGGCAGCGGCAGCAGCCUGAGUGUGGGGCGCCAACGCACCAGCCACAGCAGGAUGGCGUUGCCAUCUCAGGACAUCCAGACUCACCUGCAAGCCAUGCUCAACAUCCUGCACCCAGGGCACACUUUGCAGAUGGCGGUGCGUCUGGAGAGCGUGCACGGAGGGCGCGUGCGAUACCUGAGCGUGGUGAGCUGCGUGGGGCGGUCCGACCAGCAGGAGGCGGCACUCAUCGGCACAGACCUCAUCAUUGUACCUAAAGACGGCAAAAAAUCCCACAGAAACUCUCCUUGUUCCGCUAGAAUAGCCAAAACUAAUGUCGGCUGCUUGCAGAAUGUCUCGGGCUCUCUCACUAAUCUCUUAGAUUCUUCACUAAUAGCCUCUGGCUCUUCCAAGAAUGCCUCGGGCUCUUCUCAAGAUUUGUCUUUCUCACCUCAAAACCGGCGCGAUUCGAACAAAAAUGUUUCUCAAGAAUCCUACAACGUUGGUGAUGUCUCUGAUGUGGAGUCUGACUCCUCAAAAAAUUCCCAUAUACCUAUUGAAGACUGGGAAUCUGGUCGUGACGAAACCGACAUGUGUAUUAAGAGUCCAAGCCUCCUCUCUACCGACGUAACGAGUCCCGUGGAGAUAACGUCCCCAAAGCUCCCCUGCUCUAGUGAACUGAGUGCCCAGGACGGCGAUUUGAAUGCAUUUACAACACUAAGCGGUAUUAAAUACCCUGAGGGCAGCAAGAUGUGUUCUUCCAUGAGCAGCAUCGAUGUUGUCAAUGUUGAUGAGGAAGUGCAGAGAACUUGCGGUGAAGUGGAUGGUGCUGGAAAUAAUGAUGGUGAUAUGAGUGUGAGAGGUAGUGAUGAUGUUAGAACUGCCAGAGAAGAUGGUGCUGGUAAUGAUGAAGAAGGUGGUAGGCAUAUAGGAGGGGGCGGGGUCCUUAAGAUGACAGUAGGCCUGGUUAUGGCUCUGCUCGCCGACACGCACAUCACCCUCGACGGUGACGGAGGGUUCAGCGUCACCAGCGCUGGCAAGACGCACAUCUUCAAACCCAUCACCGUGCAGGCCAUGUGGGGUUGUGUGGAUGAAGCUGUGGGUUGUGUGGAUGAAGCUGUGGGUUGUGUGGAUGAAGCUGGAAUCCUGGACGCCAGUCGGCAGCGGCACAACGCCUUGUGGCGAAGUCAUAGUGAAACCAACCUUCAACAGCCCCCUACCUCCCCCAGGGACGGGGUCUCCCCCUCUUCCCCCAAACGUCUCACCCACAAAGAGCGGCUCCAGAAGCGGGCAACAGGACGACGAAGUCAACCAAUCGGGUCUUGUCAACCCAGAAUAAGCGAUUCUGAAAAGACCGUCGCCGGGCUCUCCCACUCUAGUGCUGGUCUAAACAUCCCCAAGUUUGUUCCCCCAGUGUGGGAUCUUGUGUCUUCCCCGACCCCUGGACGUGGGAUCAAUUCCCCAAGUGUGGGAGAAGAACAUUCAUCCAUUCUUCCUCCGUCUGUGGGAUUCAGUUCACAUUUUAGAGAUCGAUCUCCACCCGCGGAGAACUCUGUGCUAGAUAACAGAGUGGAGGGAGUGGAGUCUUACGUAAGAAAAUUUAUGUAUAAUGAAGAGGUCUGCCAGGGUCUACAGCACUCGCAGAGCAGCUCGUCACAUCUGUACAGUUAUGCAGACCCUUGUGCGUUAUCAUGUACAUUUCCUGACGCGGACCUUGGUACAGACCACGGCGCAGUGCCAUAUGCAGACCGUGACACAGUCCUCUCUGCAGACCACGGCGCAGUGUCAUAUGCAGACCGUGACCCAGUCCACUCUUCAGACCACGGCGCAGUGUCAUAUGCAGACCGUGACACAGUGCACUCUGCAGACCCCAGCACAGUCCACUCAUCAGUCCCCACCUCAGACCCUGUUUCGUUCGCCUCCAGCAAGUACCUGGACUACGUGCAGCAGAAUGACAAGUAUCCCCGGCUGGGGGGUCAGGAUGGGGAUGGGGGGAUGUCUUACUUUGAGGGGAGCGAAGGAGACUCAAGAGAGAGCCUUCCCCCCAUUGGGGGACGGCGCCCCAAGUCCUGGUCCCCCGAUGACAGGAUCACCUCCCACCUCUUCCCCUCCACGCCUUGUGCCGACGGCGUGGGGAGCAGCAGUGGGGAGGAAGGCGGCUGUGGGGGACGCGGCAGGCGGCGUAGUGGCUCCCUAGACCUGCGGACGCCAUCAGACCUGCAGCGCUACAGACCCUUCAAUGCAGAUGGUGAUUGUAUAGAUUCGCCUCCUGUGAUGCGGUCGGCGUCCACUGGAGGCAGCGUAGAGGGCCUGAGCCCCCUGUACCUUGCCCAGGGGGGGUCAGUGAGGGGGCAGCUCCCCCAGUACCUACAACUUUCCUCCUCCGUCAAGGACCGAAUCACGGAAUUUGAAACUGUGAGUGGAAAAGCCACCGACGUAGACACGGCACCUACGAUUUCCACGUCAACAAGAGAGUCACCUGCUGCUCAUUUAAAAUCAUCGCUUGAUGGUGAAGUUAAUAAGAACCUUUCACCAUACUACAGUAGUACGUCAAGUCCGGCACCCUUACUCACCUUUAACGCCUCGGCAUCUUGUGAUGACUUGCAGAGCAGCGAUGUGGUGGAGAUCCCUCUUUCGGCCACCGAGGAGGUGGUACCCUACGACCCACUCACGGUGAAGAUAAAAGCUGCUCAAAUGAUGAAACGACGGGCGAAUAUCACGCAAACUGCCCACCGCAACCAGCGGCCUGUGCCAAGCACUAGCCGACUACUGCCCCAAACUGGAGGUUCUGAUACCGUGCUGCUUCCCCACGAACAAGACAUGAGGUCAAGCUCUAAGUGGGGAUUGUCCCAAGAGAACCGUCAUCCUUGUGUUAUUGUGCCCAAUGAGUCCAUCACUUGGAAGAGCGGUAAAGUCAAGCGACAAAAGCAGGACUUUGAAGAAAUGACUAAAUCAAGUGACAGCAUGAGAGGGUUCAUUUCUAGUACUAGCAUUCAUGACGGUGACAUGGCUGGCAUGAAGCCUUCAACCAGUCUAAACACCCUCAACUACAUCUCCUUGGAUGGCACUGAAGACGAGUCGUGCACGGACGAGGUAAUGGACGCUCAUCUCAUCGUCCGGUCAAAGUCAUUGAAAGAUUCUCGAGUUCGUUCUCGAACCUGCGAUCCUUUCUCGAAUGAUGUUGACAGAGUUUUUGCGCACGAGGAGAAAAAUUCUGGGGCGAGCGGGGAGGUAGACCGCUGUUCUCCUUCUAGAAAUAAUUCGUGGGGUAGCUUCGACAGCGCCGUGGUGCUAGAGAACAAGGAACGAUACCUGCCUUCGCGCCAGAGCUCGUGGGGAUCAUGUGACACCAGAGUUACGGGCGCCUAUCCCUCUAGGAACAACUCCAUGGGAAAGUUCGAUUCCACACGCAGACCUCCAGAUGACAAAGUUAUCGGUGAAGGCGUAGUCUCUAAUCACUCAUAUUCUAGUCAGAGUCCAAGAACUCGUUAUAAUCGCAACGAUGGUCGAGUAUCUCAAGAGACCCCGACAUCAUUAAGCCGCAUAUGUAGCUUCGGAGGAUCGGCCAGUCACAGAGUUGAUGUAGGCAUCGUCUCCUCUUACAGCUCUGAUCAGCUUAACUGCGCAGCCGGUUACGCGAAACCUGUUCUGUCACCAUCCACCAAAGAAACUAGCACUUCACGUGACUGGGAGUCUCAAGUUAGUUCCGAUGCACUUGAUGACAGUUUAAGCAAGAAUUCUACAAUCCACCUACCACCUCCAUCGAAAAUGUUUCGCGCUGCAACUGAAACUGAAUUAGAUUCAGAAAUUUCCCCUGAAAAUACUCCGCUUGAAAUGAUGUCGGUGCAAUCCUCCAGUUCACUUGGUCACUUCAAAACGCCUGGAGUGUUCCGCAAUAGCAUUGAUAUCAGACUGAAGCCCUCAGAGUUAUCUCGAUCGCGAUCUCAUUGUGACACUACGACCGCUUCGUCAGCAAAUAACUCUGAUAUAGGAGUCGAACCUUUAACUGGAAUUCGAGGCCAAGCAGUAGAUGACCAUGGUUCCGGAAGUUCGCCUUCACCUCCAUCGGAGUCUCUUCUUGCCCUGCGAUCCAUUGACUUGCCCGGCGCUGACGACAGUAGAGGCAACAUCAGCAAACAAACGUCAUCUCUGAACAAUGUUCUCGUGCCAGGAACAGUCCGUCAACAGCGACAACGACUAGAAAGUAAACUGCACGACGCCAACGAUAACAACAAGGAGCUAGAGCGAUGUCCAGACGAGCCUAGUAACGAGUCUUGCCCACAGACGAACUUGCUGAGCUCGUGUAGCGUCGGGGCUUGUGGGUCAGCGGAGUCUCCGCUCAAGAAAGGCUUGAAAAUCAACCGCAGCUUGUCGGAAAAACGGGCUAAGUUCGAGAAUCGGCGACAUGUUGGACGUGUCAAGAAACUCACCCAAGAUCUCGAGGAGAUCAGCGCAGGGCAGGAACUGGACUCGCUCAAGAUUAAUAGGAGUCCGGCAGGUGAAGUUCGGGAUUGCAAGAUGUCCACUUUGAGACAGCGCUCCCUCAGCCUCGAGAGACUAAGCACUUCCCCCACAUCUACGAAGUCCCCUCCUCCUCCCUCCUCCCCAGACUCUCCUCUCGAUCAGAUCGUAGAACAGGCACUUGCUCAGGCUCGGAAACUCGAGAAAGACGCGUCUGAAAGUUCGCAAGAGUCAACAGAUGAAAUUUCCGUUAAAAGUCUUGUCGGAAUUUACGAAAACCCAAAUUUUUCCGCCGAAAGUAAAUUAACUACACGGCGUAUUAAGCCCAUAAAAGAUGGUGACGCGUCCAAUAAUAUAAAUAACAAUUUCUACAUUAAUAACAAUGAUAAAAUUAGACCGCGGGCGGACAGCGCGGGAGAAAAAUAUUUACCUCCUGUACCGCAACGGAAGUCGAGUCUGGACAUAAGCGUUCGCUCCUCAUCCCAGCCUCCCCGCAGUCCGUUGAAGCCCCCCACUGUGGGAGCAGGGCUUCGAAAUUCAAGGGAAGGAAGCAGCGGGGACGGCAAUCAUUUCUUCGGUCGCGGCCUGAGCUCCAGCCCAUCUAGCAACUUUCUGCAGGGGAGCAACAACAAACUGGGAUGUGGACCGCCAUCCCCCAAGCUUCCUCCCGGGUGUCCUAAGCCUCUGCAGUCAUUCGGUUCUUGUUCUUUCAGAAGGAAUGAGAACAAAAAUCAUAUUUUUUUACGUGGAAAUGCAAACGUAGGGGAUAAUAGAACCAGAUCAGCUUCUGGUUAUUCCCUGACUGGCAGCAAGAGCAGUCCUAUGUUGAGUAAGAGCGGUCUCAUGGCUGAGAUGGGCUCAGGUCUCACCUCCGGCCCCAAGGGGAGUUCAGGCUUCUCCACCAGCCUCAUGGGAGGUUCAGGACCCUCUUCUAGUCCUAAAGGCCGCCCUCAGGCGUGUAGCACGGAGAUGAGGCGUCGGAAGGAGCAGGGAAAGACGCAUCCUUUGUCCCGAUUGCCCUCCCGAGAAACAGGUCUUCCGUAGACUUAAGUCAAUACUCGUAGUGUCAUGGCUCCAAUACUCAAAAGCAAUUGUGAUGUCGUAAAUCCAUCAGCAAACCUAAUUUUAUUUCCGUGUUGUAAAUUUUGAAGCUUACUUGAAGUUAUCUAACGUCCAUGUGGAGCUGAUCUCCCUUUGGGUUUCCAAAUACGGCUGCCAUCUGUAGACCUUGCAUCCACUUCAGACUUCAUCGCAUACAUUCAUCGUGCGCGCAGUUAUGAGGUAGCAGGCGCGCGCUGCAUCAUAAUAGUUAUCAAUUUUCUCUCAGUCUUGGAUCACUUCUGACGCUACUCUGCUCUUAGUAAUAAACUACCUUUUGUCCUUUAUUUAUCUCUGCAGCUAUUUUGGAAGAUUCUUCUUCGUUUUUUUUUUUUUGGUUCUUUGAAUUAUUGUUAGACAAGUUUGCAUGUUCGACAGAAUUUGAAACCACUAGUUUUUGGCAAACUUACAUAUCAUUAGGCUGAUUUAAUAAUGUUCAUUAUCGUACAUCAACCAAGCAAUCAGAAACUUUAAAGCAUUCCUACAUCGUGGUCUUAGAACACUAGCCACGAUAAUCGUUAUAAUCAUGAUAAUGUUUCUUAUUUCCAAGAAUCUGUUUAUUAAUUCCCUUUUCAUGAUUAAUGCCACAUAUUUAUUGUAUGUCGUCAAUUUUUUUCGAAUAAAUUCAUUGGGAUGAAUGGAAAAUUAAUUAUACAGAAAUUGAUCUACAUUUACAUCAUUCGUGGAGCGGACCUGCAAGUCCGAAACUGACUCUGGAAUAUUAGUCAUGGAAUCGCGUUGCAAAAGAAACGCAACUCUGUAAGCACGUCAAACGUGCACUAAAAGAGACCACAAAAUAUCAUUGUUGACCAGAUAGUUUAAGUCAAAGCAUACUAGGAUGAUUAGGUUUCGAUGUGCAUCGUAAUUAACUUUUAUACCGCCAUGGGGUUAGAUAGUGUUAGAUAGUCGUAAUCUCGACUAUCGCCCUAAGAACCACAAUAACCGGAUGUCAGAACUGUAACCUGUUGGGAACAACUCAUUAACCUCAUCAACUUUCUGUUCAUUGGUUUUCCUCAUUAAUUUCUUCACGGGAAUAAUUCGGCCACGAUUAGGGUUUUCUUUUUCCAUGAAUCUUGCUGAUGCUGGUGUUUUUUAAAGCAGUUCAGUGCGGCAAAUUUCUGAUGUGUUCACUUAAAGACUUCACCAGCGAUCGACGAAGUUGUCUUCGAUGUCUAUCCUCUUUCCACGUGUACAAAAAACGUUUUUGAUUUCAAUGCAGCAAUAAAGUGAUUGUUUUGAUAAUGAUUCUUUCGAAUUUUAUCUCGAUCUCUUUAGAUAUUCAAGCUUACUUUUAAAUGUAAAUUUUAGGCAAUUUCGUUUUUAAAGAAUAACCCUAUUUGCGGCAGGAAAUGGAAUUUGAGAUUUUGUGAUUUUUUUGACUAAAUUUUCAUUGAAAUUUUUGUGUAUGAAACCUGUCCGCUAGGAGUCAAUAUCGAUGUCUUUGUAUAACAUGCAUAUAACCAUUGAUGUACUAGAAUAUUUUGUGCAGGGUAAGAAUUUUUACAGCGAGCCUAUGGCUAAUAUAGGCAAUUGAUUCUAUACCAGCCGGAAGACGUAUUCUCUUGGCUGUUUGUGAUACUAAACUUGUAUUUUGUGUUCUUAUUUUCUACUUUGAUAUUCUCUUUUGUAUUUUAUUAAUUGUGUUGCGGUCUGUGAUGCCUCUUAUAUCUGCGUGACACACGCUAACGAUGAUACUGAAUAAACUUUAGUAUAUCCUUGAAUGAUA